CGUGAGUUUGGUGCAGCACCAAACAACACAGACACCUGUGCCAGAAAGAUGGCGCUUCCGCUGACGGAAGCCGUCGUGCAGAGUUACGGCGUGGCAAAGGUGUUUGCAGGGGAAGAGGACGCGUUGAUGACGUCCCUCGACUUCCAUCGCACUGGAGCGUACUGUGUGACGGCACGUAGCGACGGACACAUUUCCUCCCUGAACUGCACGUCAGGCUCGUUGAACAAGAUGGUUCUGUCCAAGCGAUACGGAGUGGAUAUCGUGCGGUUCAGCCAUCACCCCGACUGUCUCUUGUGGUCAUCGCAGAACGAGGCGAACGAUCAUGCGGUUCGAUACCACUCGCUCUACGACAACAAGUUCUUGCGUUACUUUACCGGCCAUACCAAGAGGGUCACGUCGCUCACGAUGCACCCGACUGCGGACGAGUUCCUGACGGCAUCGAUGGACACGACUGUUCGCAUGUGGGAUAUUCGCUGUCAAAGCGCGACGGGACUGCUGAAUUGCGGUGACGCGAGCACGGCAGUGUGUGCCGCGUACGACAGCGAUGGGCUCGUGUUUGGUGUGUACACGGGUGAUUCCCUCGUACGCAUGUACGACGCCCGAAACUUUAAUGACGGGCCAUUUGCAAAGUUCUCCCUACAGGACGACAGCAUCUCGUCGGCGUUGCGACCCCUGCUGCAAUCAAGAGGCUUCAAGGCCAAGUUGGAUGUGCAUGCCAUCCAGUUUAGCGCAGACCAACAGCACAUUCUCCUCAACACGACAGCCGGUGUCCUCGUCCAGCUCGACGCGUUUGAAGGCAAACUGACUCGUAUUUUCGCCAGCCACAGCAACCCUGCGGGCAAAAAGCUGGGGGCGAGCUACUCCCCCGACGGCACGUACAUAGCCUGCGGGGCGGAGGACGGAAGCUUGACCAUUUACAAUGCCAACACGGGCGCGGUCACGUCGCCGGCAAAAUCUGCCCACAUCGGACCAGUCGUGGACGUCCAGUGGAACCCACAACGCCAUUUGAUCGGGAGUGUGCAUGCCAAUACGAUUUUCUGGCUGCCGGCGUCGACGUCGUCGUAGCCUUCGCUGUGUGCUAGCAGAGAUCGAGGUGCAUUUGCGCUAAUGAGAACAUUCUGCUUGGUGGAUUUGUCCA